UUUUCAUGUUCAGAAUGUGGAAAAUGCUUUACAGUCAAAUCAAGGCUGGUUGGUCAUCUGAGAAUUCACACAGGGGAGAGGCCAUUUUCUUGUUCAGAAUGCGUGAAAUGUUUUAGUCAUAAAUCAAUCCUUGUUAAACACAAAAGAAUUCACACCAGGGAGAGGCCAUUUUCUUGUUCAGAAUGCGGGAAAUCUUUUAUUCAGAAAUCAGUUCUUGUUGAACAUCAAAGAAUUCACACAGGGGAGAAGCCGUUUUCAUGUUUAGAAUGUGGAAAGUGUUUCACUAUAAAAUCAAGUCUUCUUGAACAUCAAAAAACUCACACAGGGGAGAAGCCAUUUUCUUGUUCAGAAUGUGGGAAACUUUAUAGCAGUAGAUCAGCUAUUCUUAGACAUCAAAAAACUCACACAGGGGAAAAGCCAUUUUCAUGCCUAGAAUGUGGGAAAUGUUAUAUUUUCAAAUCACAGCUUGAUAGCCAUGUGAGAACUCACACAGGAGAGAAGCCAUUUUCUUGUUUAGAAUGUGGGAAAUCUUUCACUCAGAAAUCAGUUCUUGUUGAACAUCAAAGAAUCCACACAGGGGAGAAGCCAUUUUCCUGUUCAGAAUGUGGAAAGUGUUUCACUAUAAAAUCAGGUCUUCUUGAAAAUCAAAGAAUCCACACAGGUGAGAAGCCAUUUUCAUGCACAGAAUGUUGUGUUAUGAUAAAAAUUAGAAAUGAUAUAUUGUCUCUGCUUUCUAUAAGGUGUCAGGACGUGGCGGUGUAUUUCUCCAUGGAGGAGUGGGAGUAUGUAGAAGGACACAAGGAUCAGUACAAGGAUCAGGUGAUGAUGGAGGAUCAGCAGCCCCUCACAUCAGCAGUCAGAUCCAGUAAGAGAACAGCAGCAGAGAGGUGUCCCCGUCCUCUUCUUCCACAGGAUCAGGAUCAGCUUAUGAAUCAGGAUGAAGAUCUGAACAUUAUUAAUAGUAUAAACAUAAUAGUAAAAGAAGAGACAGCUGUGAGCGGUGAUGAGCAGUAUAAGGAGGACAUUCCUACAGGCAAAGAUCUGAAUUUUAUUAAUUCUCCAGAUAUAACAGUAAAAGAAGAAAAAAAGACUGAUAUGAGCGGUGAUGAGCAGUAUAUGGAGAACAUCCCUUCAGGGAAAGAUCUGAACUAUUUUAAUGCUACAGACAUAAAGGAAGAAGAAGAGACAGAUGUGAGCGGUGAUGAGCAGUAUAAGGAGGACAUUCCUACAGGGAAAGAUCUGAUCUAUAUUGAGGCUACAGACAUAAAGGAAGAAGUAGAUACAGAUGAAAGCAAUGAUGAGCAGUAUAAGGAGGACAUUUCUACAAGUAACCACCCACAUGACUGUACCAGGAGAUCAGAGGAGAAUCUUAUAUCUUCAUAUUAUAAAGCAGAUGAUGACAUCACACAAGAUACAUAUGAAGAACCUUCCAUUAUCCCAGAUACACCCUCAGCCCUUCACAGACAAGAUCUGUCAUCUCAUCCGGUUAUACAAGUUCUUUCAUCUGACUUAUCGCAAACUGUUAAGCAAAAAGUUAAAAGUAACCAAAGGGGCAUUCAACAUAAAAGAAGUCACAAAGAAAAUAAUUCAUUUCCAUGUUCAGAAUGUGGGAAAUCUUUUACUAUGAAAUCAAAUCUUGUUGAACAUCAAAGAAUUCACACGGGAGAGAAGCCAUUUUCGUGUCGUGAAUGUGGGAAAUGUUUUACUCGAAGAUCAACUCUUGUUGACCAUAAAAGAAUUCACACUGGAGAGAAGCCAUUUUCAUGCCCAGAUUGUGGGAAAGGUUUUAUUCAGAAAUCGAAUUUUAUUCGCCAUAAAGAAAUUCACACAGGGGAGAAGCCAUUUCCAUGUUCAGAAUGCGGGAAAAGUUUCACUAUAAAAUCAAAGCUUGUUGCGCAUCUGAGAAUUCACACAGGGGAGAAGUCCUUUACUUGCCAAGAAUGUGGGAAAUGUUUUCCUGUUAAAUCGGCCCUUGUUGAACAUCAAAGAAUUCACACGGGGGAGAAGCCGUUUUCAUGCCAAGAAUGUGGGAAAUGUUUUACUGUGAAAUCAACUCUUGUUCUCCAUCAACGAACUCACACAGGGGAGAAGCCUUUUUUGUGUCAAGAAUGUGGAAAAUGUUUUUCUGUAAAAUCAAGUCUUGUUCAACAUCAGAGAACUCACACAGGGGAGAAGCCAUUUUCAUGCCCAGAAUGUGGGAAAUGUUUUACCGUGAAAUCAAGCCUUGUGGAACAUCAAGGAACGCACACAAGGGCGGAACCAUUUUCUUGUUUAGAAUGUGGGAAAAGUUUUAGAAGUAACUCAGAUCUUCUUUACCAUCAAGCAAGUCACUCGGGGGAGAAGCCAUUUCCAUGAACCGUACAUGCAAAGUCUUUUUAUAUAAAAUUUUAAUCCAAUUGCACAUAAAAAGUCACACAGGAAAAACAUUAUGUCCAGAAUGUGGGAAAUGUUUUAGCUAUAAAUAACAUAUUUUUUAAGUACUCACGUAGGGAAGUAUCCUUUUUCUUUUUAUGUUACUUGUUUAAUUGUCAAAUAAUAUGGUUAAAAAAAACACAUCUGUCAAAGUGAAGUCACCAGAGGAAAAGAAAGCGAUUUAAAGCAAUAAAUUAUAAUUGAAAAGUC